CUCCACCUUGCCGCCCACAAAAUCUGCAACCUUGCCGCCUUGCGCGCUCGCCUGGAUGGGCUCGAGCUGGAGCGAGCUCGUCUGCCAUUGCGAGCCAGCUGGCUCUAGCUCGCGCAAGCGGCAGCCGGAGGAGUCGGUGGCGGAGCCUCAGAGCAGAGGAGAGAAAAAGGACGAGGAGUCGGUCGAGGAGCGGAGAGAGGUCAAGCGCCGGCGCGUCACCUGCACCGACCUGUCCGACAAGAGCAUACAGCUCUGCACCCAGGACGCUAUCGCAGCCGUCCACCGGCGAGCCUUGGGGCUGGGUCUGGUCGACAACGAGACUCCUCGCUUCUCCCUGCUCGACGGCGCCUCGCUCGCCGGCGCGGCUCCGCCGCCCGCGCAGCCACCUCCGCCCGGACUCUUCACAGCAGCCGCUGGUGUCGCCGCCUCGCUUUGUGCGCUGGUCGGGCCGCGCCGCGCCGAGGCUCCAGCGCAACGCGGAGUGACGGCUCGCGAGGGAGGGCCGCCGCGUGGCACGAUCCGCACGGCCGCUCCUCCCGCCUCGACCGUCCUGUUGGGUCCGGACGCGGAGGCAGAGGCGGCGGAGGCAGAGGCGGAGGCGGUGGAGGCAAGCGAGGUGCGGGGGCUAGAGUCGGCGGUUCUCGAUCCGGCGACGCAGCGCGCGCUGUACAGGGUGCUACUCCCGCACGUGACGUCCAUCGUGCACGAGGCGGCGCUGCGCCGCCACGCCUCCGCGCAGGCGUGCACCCUUCCCGACGUCCUCCGGCUCUCGGAGCUGGCGGGCCGGAUCUUCCUGAUGGUGCCUCUUGCCUCGCGGGGCGCCUUUGCCACGGCGUGCCGCGACUGCGCCGAGGUUGCGCGCUCGUGCUGGUCGACCUCCGAGUACGAGCACGCGCGUCCCUCCUCCUUCAAGCUGCUGCGCUGCCUCGGCUCGCCCGUCGCGCAGCUGGCCGCGUGGGUGCGGUCGUCCCAGCAGCACCGUCCCGCCUUCUUCCUCCUCGCGCUCGGCAUGUCGGGGCGGCUCGAGCAGCUCCGGAUCGGAUGCCGCAGGCGGGAGAAUGACACGGACGGAGAGACCGAGCCGGCGGGGACUACGAGCAGCUGCGUCGAACAGACGAAGGACUGGAGGCUCGACACGGAGACGCUCUCGGUGUCGCCGUCCCGCGACUCGGCCGCACUGCUCGGCCCCUCCCACUUCGUGGUGACUAAGCACCACGCGUAUUGCAUCGCCGCUGUCCACGGCAACGCACUCCUCGUCAAGCUCGGAGGGCAGGCGUCUGGGACGCAUGAGGCAGCCUACCGCGACCGCUUCCCCCAGGAGGUGACCGCAAUGGCCAUGUGCCCGCACGACAACAACAUCAUCGCCUUCGGCACGCCGCGCCGCGCCGCGCCGCCCGCGCCACCCGCGCCGAACUCUCCCGCCGAGCUCGACGCCGCCGCCGCCGCCGCCGCCGCCGCCGCCGCCGCCGAUUUGGCGCACGCCGGAGCUACGCCGCCGCUCUGUGACGGCGCCGAUGGCCACGGCCUGCUCCCCGGCGGAGGGCGCAGCCCCGGCUACGGCAUAGACCUCAUCAACUUCGCCUCGUCGUCGCGGCUGCAGUCCCUCCCGACCGCGCACGCCUGCCCGCUCUCUGCGCUCGAGUACUCGCCCGACUCGUCGCUGCUGCUGUCCUGCUCCUCGGAUGCACUGCAGCUCUGGGACACGCGCGCCACUGUCGCCGCGCCCGCCGCCGUGGCGACGCACGCGCUGCGCCGGCCUGCUUCGCUCAUCCUCUCGCGGGUCCACCCGGCGUGGACCUCGCUCCUCCUCGCCACCUCCGAGGCGCUCGAGGUGAGGGAGCUCCGCCGCUCCGCCGCCGCCGCCACCGCGUGCGGCGCACCGCCGCUCUUCGGCCUCAAGUGGCGGCGCGACACCCUGCAAGUGACGGCGGCAGCCUUCCUCGCCCAGGGCAACAUGCUGUGCGUGUCGGACCGCGGUGACCGGCUCCUCCUCCUCAGCUACCACGGCCUCACGCCCGCAAAGGCGGUGGCGCUGCCGUGGCACUCGUGCCGCCGGCCCCUCUCCUCCUCCUUCUCCGACAGCGCCCUGUCGGACAGCCCCAUCCCCACGGAGGACGGCUCGCCGCGCGGCGGCGCCACGGGCGGCGGCGCCACCGCACCCCAUUGCCUGAACGAGCCGGGCGUGGCGGACGGGCGUGAGGCGGCACGGCGCCGCGCCGUCUGCACCGUCACGGCCAUCACCGAGUGCCCCGGCGUGCGCCCGCGCGCGGCCGACCCGGGCGCGACGCUGCACCCCGAGCCCGGCUGCACGCACCUCGCAGUCGCCUCGUCCCACGGAGAGGUGACGCUGGUGGAGUUCUUCUGACGCCGCCGGUCGAUUUGCCUCAGCGAGGCGCUCAGAGGACCCACACGCGCCCACCGAGACGCUAUUCCCCCCCCCCCCUCCUCCCCACAUGCCUCCAUGUUUCGCAUGGCAUAGAUGCUCCCUCGCUUCUCUCUUGCGACGCGCGUGGUACUCGGCCGACCAGGACGUCUUUCGACUCUCAAGGGGCCCGGACCGCGCGCCACAGCACCCCCUCCCACACACAACAUCGACACAUGUGUCUUUCGACCCCCAGUCCGAACACCCGGUAUGUGUAAAUUCUAAGAGGACUGCUUGAGUAUUAGUUUGUCCGCCUGGUCUGCUGCUUGUAUCGCUAACACGCUAUAUUAUUCCCUA